CUGGCUGUUGACUAUGUCUUUUAAACCCCUGUCACGUCUUUGUGUUUUUAGGCUGCUGAACAACCAAGCACAGAGGAAGAUGACUUUGCAAAGGACCGAUAUGGUGUGUCAGCUAUGUUCCAGUCCCAGCAGAAACUGGAGAGGACCUUGGUACGGAUCCAAGACCUUACUCCUGAGAGAGCUGACCAACUGAUCUGGCUCCGUGCCCGAGUCCACACCAGCAGAGCCAAAGGGAAGCAAUGCUUCUUGGUCCUGCGUCAGCAGCAGUUCAACGUGCAGGCACUUGUUGCAGUGGGAGAUCGUGCGAGCAAGCAGAUGGUCAAGUUUGCUGCAAACAUCACCAAGGAGAGCAUCAUAGAUGUGGAGGCGAUGGUGAGGAAAGUGGAGCAGAAGAUCGAGAGCUGCACCCAGCAGGACGUGGAGCUCCACAUUGAGCGGAUUUUUGUCGUUAGCCAGGCAGAGCCCCGUCUCCCUCUGCAGUUAGAUGAUGCUGUCAGGCCUGAUGGAGAGGGAGAAGAGGAAGGCAGAGCCACAGUAAACCAGGACACCAGGCUGGACAACAGGGUGAUUGAUCUCAGGACAACCACCAGCCAGGCCAUCUUUCGGCUGCAGUCAGGAGUGUGCCAGCUCUUCAGAGACACUCUCACCAAAAAGGGCUUUGUGGAGAUCCAGACCCCUAAAAUUAUAUCAGCUGCCAGUGAAGGUGGAGCGAAUGUCUUCACUGUGUCUUACUUUAAAACCAGUGCCUACCUGGCCCAGUCUCCCCAGCUCUACAAGCAGAUGUGCAUCUGUGCUGACUUUGACAAGGUCUUCUGUGUGGGGCCAGUUUUCAGGGCGGAGGACUCUAACACUCACCGUCACUUGACCGAGUUUGUGGGUCUGGAUAUUGAAAUGGCCUUCAACUACCAUUACCAUGAAGUCAUUGACUCCAUCACGGAGACUAUGGUACAGAUCUUCAAGGGCCUGAGAGACAACUUCCAAACUGAGAUCCAGACUGUGAACAAGCAGUUUCCCAGUGAGCCUUUCAAAUUCUUGGAGCCCACUCUGAGGCUGGAGUACACCGAGGCUUUGGCCAUGCUGCACGAGGCCGGGGUGGAGAUGGGUGACGAGGAAGAUCUCAGUACACCCAAUGAAAAGCUGCUUGGUCGUCUAGUCAAGGAAAAGUAUGAUACCGACUUCUAUGUGUUGGAUAAAUAUCCACUGGCUGUGAGACCCUUCUACACCAUGCCCGAUCCAAACAACCCGAAAUACUCCAACUCUUAUGACAUGUUCAUGAGAGGUGAGGAGAUUCUGUCUGGAGCUCAGAGAGUCCACGAUGCUCAGUUUCUUACAGAGCGAGCCAUGCAUCACCAGAUUGAUCUGGAGAAGAUCAAGGCCUACAUUGACUCCUUCCGCUAUGGAGCUGCCCCACAUGGUGGUGGAGGCAUUGGCCUGGAGAGAGUCUGCAUGCUGUACCUCGGCCUCCACAACGUGCGCCAGACCUCCAUGUUCCCACGUGACCCUAAGCGCCUGACACCUUGAACCUUUCCGACAUGUGGGCCAACCUGAUCGUCGAGGACUAACACACAGAUGCUGGUGAAGGGGAAACAAUACUUAUCCGGAGAGGGCGUAGGGUAUAGUGUCACCAUGUGACUCAGAACAUCUCACUAUGAUUAACCAUUUAGAUGAAAGAAUAAAGCAGCUGCAACAAUUGGGUUUAACUUCAUUAUUGUUGUCUUGGAGAAAGAGGAGCUAAUAUGUAAUGGUAAGGUAGGUGCUGGAAACACAACUGUAAUCCAUCCGUUAAUCGAUGACUCAGUGUUUGUCUUUUCUAAGGAGAUGUUAACAAAACUACCACUAAUGCAGAUCUGAGUACCACCUACUACCAGCACCUGCGAUUGUGGUCUCCGGUAGUAUCUCAGUAACUAUGGGUGUUUUGUAAGCAAUAAUCUAAAGUUAUUUCAUUAAAAACAAAACAAAAAAUAAA